AUGUGGAUGAAACAUGGUCGCGGAGAAAAUCGUGGCAUCUGGAUGACCUUUGUCAAAAAAGAGGGCGCGGCGUGCCUCUUCAAAACUGAAGCGUAUACUUUCCACCUGGCAAACCUUGUCAAAUCAGGACAGCUGCUAGGUCAACAAGUAAGGGAAAACGGACACGGUGUUAACCUAAUCGACUUUUGUACAGGAACUGGCUGUAUUCCUCUCGGCUUCUUCUCGUCCCUUCAGCAUUCAGUUAAGAAUAUGACUGUGAGGGGAGUGGACAUCUCUCCAGUGGCUCUUCGACUCGCGCAGGAAAAUAUUGCCCGAAAUGUCGAACUUCAAACAUUGAUCAAGCCAACCAGAAAUAAGAGGCUUGACAUCACAACGGCGAAUGUCUUUAGCGACAGCGACAUGCAACAGCUCGCAGUGACUCGCUGGGACAUUCUUGUAUCUAACCCUCCAUACAUCUCGGAGGACGUCUGGCAUCAUGGUCGCGGACAACUCGGAUACUCAGUCCGAAAAUAUGAACCACGUCUUGCAUUGGUACCGGCUAACAACCUUCCUUGUCCGAGUGGAUGCAACGCAGCGGAUGUCUUUUAUGCUCGGCUUUUGGACAUCUCGGAACUCUUAAAGCCGACAGCGGUACUGCUCGAAAUUGGCGAUGAGGACCAGGCCCUUCGUGUACUGCAACUGUACUUUGCCCACCCGAUUGCACAAAGCUCAAGAGUCGAGGUUUGGCGCGACUGGCCUGAUUUGGAAGGGACAGAGGACCCGGAGUUCAUUGUGGUUGAAGAGUCAAAGGGUGAGAAACAUCAAGUUCCAGUGAAAGGUGACGGCCGCAUACGGUCUGUUUUAAUUUGCAGAUUGGACGAGGUUUAA